AUGCCAGUUAAUAUACAGGUAGGUGAGUCGGUUACAAAUACCGAGAUUUCGAAUGGUGCUGUUGCUUCAAUGGUAGAGGAUGAUUCUGUCGAACAACAUCAACCAGUCAGCGAGAAAGGGACGAUGUCUGGGAAUAUGAUGGAAUUACAUGAUUCCUGCUAUUCAAGUUGUUCGGAAGAAUCGCAUAGCUCGUUAUCACGAAAACCAUCGGAUAGUAUUGUGAAGGAAAUUGCACAACUGAGCGUGACUGAUACAGAAUCAGGUACAGCAGAUACAGUAACUCUCCUUCUCCAGAAUAUCGAAUUCGCAACACGACUCGGAUACUCUCUGGAACAAUUGGAGAGAGUCUUUGGCAAGCUCGGAAUGAAUGUCAGACAGGAGCAGAUACUUGAUGAGUUGAUUAAGCUUAGACCUGAAAUGAUGGAUCGAAAUUCGAAAGUGACUGAAAGUGGGCCACCAAGCACAGUUGCCACAGAACUUCGCAGUAUCGUUAUCGAUGGUUCCAAUAUCGCUAUGACACAUGGCCGCAAGGAAGUAUUUUCUUGCCGUGGUAUACGUGAAUGUGUGCAGUUUUUCCAUAAUCGUGGUCAUACGGAUAUAAUUGUUUUCGUUCCACAAUUUCGACGUGAAACAGCCCGUUCAGAUUGUCCAAUUACCGAUCAAUACAUAUUAUUCGAAUUAGAAAAAGAAAAUAUUUUAGUAUGGACACCAUCGCGUCGCAUUAAUGGACGUCGAAUUGUAUGUCAUGAUGACCGGUAUAUUUUGAAAACAGCGGAAGAAAAGGAUGCGGUAAUAGUAAGUAAUGACGAGUACCGAGAUUUAAUCAGAGAAAAUCCACAAUAUCGUGCAUUAGUCGAUGAAAGGCUUUUAAUGUAUUCAUUCGUUGAUGGAAGGUUUAUGCCACCCGAUGAUCCACUUGGAAGACAUGGACCAAAGUUAGCGCAAUUCUUGACGAAGGGAAAUCGACAAUCUCAAUCUAAAAUUUGUCCAUAUGCAAGGAGAUGCACUUACGGGAAUAAAUGCAAAUAUUACCAUCCGGAAAGACCGAACGGUAUUCAUAUCAGUGUUACGGAUCGAUUGAUGAAAGAAAAACAACGAAGACAGUUUCUUUCUAACUCCAUAUCUCGACCAAUGGUAAUUCCUAAUGAACGUAUCGAUCAUCCAGCAAUUGCUCGAACACAAAGCUUAAAAAUACCAAUUUCAAAGAAAACAAUUGAAUAUGACGAUAAUAAAAGUUUGAUACGGAAUUCAUUGAAUUAUCAUCAGAAGGAAGCAAAAGAAUCCUUACCUUCUCUGUCGCAAUCUCAACUUCCUAUUUCUAGCACCCAACAAAAAACGACAACUUUACUUCUUCAGAAUCCCCCAUUAUCACUACAUCAAAUUCGAGAUCAACACUGCCCCACCUUAUCAAAUCAUUCAUCGAAAGUGAUCAACUCAAAAUCUUUCUUACCUUUAACGCCUAUAAUCACACGUAAUUCAUCUGCAACAAAUAUUACUUCUCACUGUUACCUAUCUUAUCCAUAUAUCGGUUUACCGUAUCCGAAUGGUAACGAAUCAUGUCCCGAUUUAUGUGAUGGCUUAUCGUCAUCGCAGUGUUUCAUUCCAAAUUCGGGUACCUUAAGCGAUGCAUAUGGAAUGCAAACUCUCAGAUCUUCACAUUUAUCACCAUUUGAAUCGACUUAUCCGACGACCAAGGACGAACGGCAUCGGUUGCAAAAUAUAUUAUGUCAGUUGUUUCCGGAACAAAUCGUCUUAACCGUAAUGGAAGCAUUUCCAGAUGAAAGCAACCCACAAGAGCUUUGUCCACGAAUCAUAGCAGAACUUCAGAAAUAUCGUGGUAAUACAUAA